AUAAGUGUUUGAGCGUGCAAUAGAAAGAGACGACCGCGCGACGGCGCUGUAGCUUCCCGCCGUCCCCCAAACGUCGCCGUACAGCACAUAGACAGUUGCGCUCCAGUUCGGUUUGCUGCUCGUAGUUCGGCUCUGUUAUUUUCGUUUUGGUGGUUGUUGAUAAUAAUAACUUCAACCAAUUGACAUUCAGUGAAUUGCUGUUGUUUUGUUUCAAAAGUGACAGCGAAGAAUAGUGUCUUCGAAUGGAUUAAAUAACGAUGUUACCACCUACGGCCGGUAUAGCAGAGGAUAGCAACCGGCCUGACAUGGCAUACCAGCAGAGACGUGACGUUAGAGAAAUAACGAGGGAUAUUAUCAGAGACGCCCGCGUCAGUAACCGACAGUCCAUGUCGCCUGGAGGACGUGAACGUUUCCCAUCGACGUCGUCGACGGACGAGAAUGAGUCCGGUACCGACGGUGAGGCGGACAGAUCGCGGCGUGCGUUACAGCACGCGUUGUCGCACGCGCCGCCGCCCGGCAUGGUGGCGGUGCGCAAGAGACGCGGCAACUUGCCCAAGCACUCUGUCAAGAUAUUAAAGCGCUGGCUGUACGAACAUCGGUACAAUGCCUAUCCCAGCGAUGCGGAGAAACUCACACUCAGCCAGGAGGCCAACCUCACUGUGCUACAAGUAUGCAACUGGUUCAUAAAUGCGCGGCGCCGCAUUCUGCCUGAGAUGAUCAGGCGCGAGGGCCAUGACCCGCUGCACUACACAAUCUCGCGCCGCGGCCGCAAACAGCUCGGCUCCUCCGGCACUCAGGCCGGACUCCUCGUCGGCUCCUGGGACAACGAGCAGGAGGGCGACGGCGAGGGUGAUGGAGAGCGCGGGCGCGACCACGACUAUGGAGAUGGUCUGCUGGUGUACCGCAGCGAUGGUGACGCAGAUGGUGAGGGCGCUGAAGAGGACUACUCCUCCAGUGCCGUCAGCGAGGAGGAGGUCAAGUACGACCCCUCCGUGUGGCAGUCUGUCAUCCGCUAUGGGCCUGAGGACCGCGACCUGCAUCCCGCCGCCAGAGGGAGCGCUGCGGUGGUGACUGUGCGCACUUCUGACGAGGGCGGGGAGGAGGGCGGGGCGGGGGCGGGGGCGGGCGGGGCCAGCAGCAGCGGGGGCGGGGCCGACGGCGGCGGCUGGCACCCUCAGCUCGCACACCUGCCGCAGCUGCCGCACCCGCUGCGUCGCUCGCUGCAGGCGGGUGGUGGUGGUGGUGGUGGUGAGGGCGAGCGGGACAAGUUCAAAUGCCUGUACCUGCUGGUGGAGACGGCGGUGGCGGUGCGCCAGCGAGAGAAGGAGCAGGAGGAGGUCAUCGUGUAGUGCUCGCGUCUCUGAACAUACUGCACAUUGUAUGUAUUACUAUGUCUAUGAGAAAUUAUAGUUCUCUUCCCCUUCCCAUUAUUCUCUAAUAAGAAGUAAAAAGGAAGUGGAUAUUUCAUGGGAUUUAUAGAAAUAAAAAAUAUAAUUGGAACGAAGUUCCUUAUCGCGCGUUGUGAAAG